CCGGUGGCCGCUGGUUGGCUGAGUCGGCGUGCGCUCCUCUCAGUGUUGGCGUGACAGGAGGAGGGAAGAGCCGGAGAGAGCGCCGCCGCCGCUGGCUUGCCGGCUUGCUUGGAGUUGCUUCCUUUUAGCUGUUCGGACUGCGUCCACUCGCCCUUCCUUUCCUUCGUCCUCGUCCGCACGGCUGUUUGGGCGCCUGCCUCGCGCUGCCUUCUGCCUCUCCUCCCACUCCCACCCCCCUUCCUCUCUCUCUCGCUCAGUCUCUUUCCCCCUCCCGUCCCUCUCCUCUCCCCUCCCCUCCCCCCUUGCCCUUCCUCCCUUCGCCAUGUCCACCCGUUCGUGCCGGGAGAAGGCGCAGAAGCAGAACGAGCAGCACCAGGCCAUCCUGGCCAAGCUUCUGCGGGAGGAGGACAACAAGUACUGCGCGGACUGCGAGGCCAAGGGUCCCCGAUGGGCAUCCUGGAACACUGGUGUCUUUAUUUGUAUCAGAUGUGCUGGUAUACAUCGAAAUUUAGGUGUUCAUAUAUCCAGGGUCAAAUCUGUCAAUUUGGACCAAUGGACACCAGAACAAAUACAGUGCAUGCAGGAGAUGGGAAAUACCAAGGCAAGAUUACUUUAUGAAGCUAAUCUACCAGAGAAUUUUCGAAGACCUCAGACUGAUCAAGCUGUGGAAUUUUUUAUCAGGGAUAAAUAUGAGAAGAAGAAAUACUACGACAAAAAUGCAGUUAAUGUCAGCAGUAUGUCUUCCUCUGAAGCUGCUCAGCCUUUGGCAUCCUCUCCUCUGCAAGCUGCUUCUGAGAAAGCUAAAAUGGAGAAGGAAAAGGAAAAAAAUAAAGAAGAGCGAAAGAAAGAUAGAGACCCAGAAAAGCCUUUGAAAUGUUUAGGAGUUGAAAAACCUGAGAAGAAAGACGAUCAGCAACUGGAGCUUAAGGCAAGUCCCAAGAAAAUUCCAGACUCUACUGUUGAUCUUUUAGGACUCGAUGGCCCUGCUGAUUCUGCUGUUACAAAUGGGAACAUCACCACUCCUGUCACAGCUCUGAAUGAUGACCUGGACAUAUUUGGCCCAAUGAUCUCUAAUCCCUUGCCCGCCUCUUCUGUACCUCCUUCCCAGAGUGCUCCCACUAACCCUGCAGCUACCACUUUAUCUGCUGCAUCUGGGGACCUCGAUCUGUUCACUGAACAAACAAAAUCUGAAGAGUCAGCAAAGAAACUGCUCUCCAAAGACUCCAUCUUGUCACUGUAUGGCACAGGGACCAUGCCACAGCAAAACGCUCCAGGUGUCUUCAUGGGACCACAGUCUAUGCCCUUCACUGCACCACCACCCACUCAUUUUCAAGGCUUUCCAGCCAUGGGAGUGCCUGUGCCUGCAGCCCCUGGAAUGAUGGGACAGUCAGUGCCUGUCAUAGGACAAAACACAGGAAUGUUGGUGGGCAUGGGAAUGCCCAAUGGCUUUUCUGUGGCUGCACAGACUGCUGGUUUGGGACUUCCUCAAAAUGUUGUUGGCCCCCAAGGAACAACAGUAGCCUUACCGCAGAGUAAAUAUGGUCUGCAGCAAAAUCAGCAAGCUCAGUGGAACCUCUCUCAGAUGAAUCAGCAAAUGGCUGGAAUGAAUCUGAGUAGUUCGAGCAAUAUGAUGAGCUUUGGCCAGCCCCCAAACACAGCAGCAGGAUGGACUGGAAGUUCCUCAGGCCAGACUCUCAGCACACAACUCUGGAAAUGAAAAAUGGAAAUAGAAGCUC